AUGCCUGACCCCAGCGACCCCCAGGCCGUCACCCGGUACCUCGAGCAAUCCCACGAGAAGAUCUUCGAGAGCAACCGCGCUUGGGUCGCCUCAAAGAAAAAUGCCGAUCCCCAGUUCUUCGACAAGCUUGCUGCUGGCCAGUCCCCUGAGUACCUGUACAUUGGCUGCGCCGACAGCCGUGUCCCCGCGAACGAAAUCAUGGGCCUCGACGCCGGCGAGGUCUUUGUCCACCGCAACAUCGCCAACAUCGUCCCCACCAUCGACCUUUCCUCCAUGUCCGUGAUCAACUACGCCGUGCGCCACCUGAAGGUCAAGCACAUUGUCGUCUGCGGCCACUAUAACUGCGGCGGUGUCAAGGCUGCCUUGACGCCGACAGACCUGGGUAUCCUUAACCCGUGGCUGCGAAACAUCCGUGACGUCUACCGGCUGCACGAGAAGGAGCUCGACGCUAUUGAGGACAAGGAGGCGCGAUUCAACCGCUUGGUUGAGUUGAACGUUAUGGAGUCGUGUCGGAGUAUUAUCAAGACUGCUGCCGUCCAGCAGAGCUACGAGGCGAACCAUUACCCCAUUGUCCACGGAUGGGUCUUUAACCUCAAGGAUGGACUGCUCCGGGAUCUGAAGUUUGACUUUGAGGGCACUCUAGCGGAUAUCCAGAAGAUCUACAACCUCACCAAGGAGUAA